AGCAGGACCUCUAAGGCAGCCUCUGAACUAGCACAUGCACAUUUCCUAAUAGCAUUUCAGUUCCUGCAUCUUCCAAAACUCUGAUCCGUUCAUGUGCAGCCUGCUUUAUAAGACGUUUUUUGAGUGAGCUCUUUGAAUACCAGGAGCCCAGACUGAUCUCUUGUCAGUGCUUCCUUUGGAAUCUGCCAACCUCACAUUUGUCAAUCUGGGGAAGAUUAUAUUUUACUUUUUUCUCUAUUUACAGCAGCCAGCCUUUCCUCACCUGGGCUUUGUAUUUCCAGUAGCACUUCAAAACACUGUUUGAAUAACCUAAUCUGUUGUUUUGUAGUGAUGAUACUGUUAUACCUCCUGCUGCUCUGGUGACUGCUGCUGAGCUUUCUAAAUCUUCCCCCCUGUCAAUCACCAGUCUGUUGGAAGAGAAGGGCUAUCAGGUUCCUGUACUAAGACAGCCAGCAUUACCAAGUCUUCUGGGCCCUCAAGGACAAUCCAUACCCACAACUGGUCAUCCCAUGAGAGCUGGAGCCAUUCGCUCAGCAGGCGGCAGACCAGGCUGGGAACUAAGUUCAAAUCGAGGACGCCUGCAUGGUGACCGUGCCCAAAGGACUCAGGCCCCAUCACUACCAGCAUCAGCACCAGUCUUUGUGCCUGUGCCUCCACCUCCCUUGUAUCCUCCACCACCACAUGCACUUCCUCUUCCUCCUGGGGUACCACCACCACAGUUUCCUCCUCAGUUUCCACCUGGGCAGCCUCCAUCCGCUGGGUACACUGUCCCCCCUCCAGGAUAUCCCCCAGCUCCUGCAAACAUGUCAUCAGCAUGGGUACCAACAGCAGUACCAACGGCUCAUUCCAAUACCAUUCCAACGACACAAGCACCUCCCUUAUCUAGGGAGGAGUUUUACAGAGAGCAACGGAGACUUAAAGAGGAGGAAAAGAAAAAGUCCAAACUUGAUGAGUUUACAAAUGAUUUUGCUAAGGAAUUGAUGGAAUAUAAAAAGAUUCAAAAGGAGCGUAGGCGUUCGUUUUCCAGGUCCAAGUCUCCCUAUAGUGCUUCAUCUUACUCUAGGAGCUCCUACACCUACUCCAAGUCAAGAUCAGGUUCUUCCCGCUCUCGCUCCUACUCCCGCUCGUUCAGCCGUUCUCACUCUCGUUCCUACUCGCGAUCCCCACCGUACCAGAGGAGGGGCAAAGGGAAGAGUCGGAACUAUCGGUCUCGAUCCCGGUCUCACGGGUACCACCGCUCCAGGUCAAGGUCACCCCCGUACAGAAGGUACCACUCACGAUCGAGGUCUCCAGUGUUUCGAGGCCAGUCUCCCACUAAACGAACUGUACCUCAGGGGGAGGGAGAAAGGGAGUAUUUUAACAGAUACAGAGAAGUUCCACCAUACGAUAUGAAAGCGUAUUAUGGCAGAUCUGUGGACUUCAGAGACCCGUUUGAGAAGGAAAGAUACAGAGAAUGGGAAAGGAACUACAGAGAGUGGUACGAGAAGUUUUACAAGGGCUACGCUGUUGGUGCUCAACCUCGGCCUCCUGUCAGCAGGGAAAACUUUUCUCCAGAGAGGUUUGGUGCCCCCGGGACCAGGAGGGAGAACUCUCCCUAUGCUCGGGGGCGUAGGGAGGAUUAUCCUGGUGGGCAGAGCCACCGCAAUCGUAGUAUAGCUGGAAAUUAUCCCGAAAAACCCUCUGGAAGAGAGAGCCAUGGUGUCAAAGAUCCUACAAAAUCAAAAGAGAAGGAGGUAGAAAAUCCACUGGGAGAUGGCAAGGGAAAUAAGCAUAAAAAACACCGGAAGAGAAGGAAAGGAGAUGAGAAUGAAGGAUUUGCUAGUACUGAGAUGUUGGAAAGUACAAGAAAACCAAGAGAGGCAGUUGCAACAGAAGAUGUUAAAACAGAUUCCCUGUUCAUACUUCCAAGCAGAGACGAUGCCACUCCUGUGAGAGAUGAGCCCAUGGAAGCGGAUUCCAUUGCUUUCAAACCUGUGUCUGAAAAGGAGAAAAAAGAGAAGGAUAAACCGAAAGCAAAGACUGACAAGACAAAGCGGAAAGCAGAUGCGGCCGUUCCUCCUAAGAAGGACAGCGCAGCGAAGCCAGGCAAAGCUUCCCAAGAGAAGGUGGACCCUGACCGGGAAAAAUCUCCUCGAACAGAGCCUCCCGUGAAGAAGGUGAAGGAGGAGUUGCCAAAGACAGACAGUGUUAAAGCAUCUUCCUCUCAAAAGGACGAGAAGGCUCUUGGUACCCCACGGAAAGUUCACCCUAAAGGGGCAAAAGAUCACCCAGAAACCAGACCAGCCAAGGAGGAGAAGGCAAAGAAAGACCAUCCAAAAGAAGCCAAGUCGGAGAAGCCCUCCACCAAAGAGGAGAAGACAAAAAAACCUGCAGAAAAAGGCAAACCCUCUGAUGCAAAACCUGAAAAAAGAAAAAGAAAAGCAGAGGAAAAGGUUGAUAAAGAGCAUGAAGCCGCUUCCACAAAGGCCUCAAAACCAGAAACUGCAGAAUCGAAAACGUCGCCAAAGGGGAAGGCCGAGCCCGAUGGUGAGAAAGGAGAGAAAACUCCAGACAAGGACAAAUCUGCUUUUCUCAACAACCCUGCCAAAAAGAUUAAACUGAACCGAGAAACCGGGAAGAAGAUUGUGAGUGGAGAGAAUGUGCCACCUGCAAAAGAGCCUGUGGAGAAACCUGAGCCGAGCAGCAGCAAAGUGAAACAAGAGAAAACCAAGGGGAAAGUGAGGAGAAAAGUAACAGCAGCUGAUGCAUCUAGUUCUACUCUUGUAGACUACACCAGCACUAGUUCCACUGGAGGAAGCCCCGUCAGAAAGCCUGAAGAAAAGACAGAUACCAAACGAACUGUCAUUAAGACCAUGGAGGAGUAUAAUAAUGAUAUAACAGCCCCUGCUGAAGAUGUCAUUAUUAUGAUCCAGGUCCCUCAGUCAAAGUGGGAUAAAGAUGACUUUGAGUCUGAAGAGGAAGACAUUAAAUCUACCCAGGUGCCCACAAGCAUAGGAAAACCUGCUAGUGUUAUAAAAAAUGUGAGUGCUAAGCCAGCAAACCCCAUAAAACACAGUGAAAAAGAGACAGAGCCUUUGGAGAAAGCACAGAAAUCUACAAAAGAGGCGAGUUAUGAAAGCUCCCAGCAUGAUGCCAAGAGCUCAAAAAGUUCUGUGUCGAGCGAAAAAGGCAAAGCCAAAGAGCGGGAUCAUUCGUUGUCAGACAAGGACACUUUGGAGAAGAGAAAGAGCAGUGCUCAGCCAGAAAAAGACCACUCGGAGCGUGCAGCUGAGCAAGGAAAUGGAAAAACCACUUCUCAGUCUUCCAAGGAGGGCAGAUCUGAGAAGCACGAUCCUGGCCGUGGAUCCACUGCCAAGGACUUCACUCCCAACCGAGACAAGAAAUCUGAGCAUGAUAGCAGCAGAGAUCAUUCUAGUUCCAAACGCAGAGAUGAAAAGAGUGAACUAGCGAGGAGAAAAGACUCCCCCUCUCGAAACAGAGACUCUGCAUCCACGCAGAAGAGUAAACCGAGAGAGGAGCGAGCAGAGCCGUCCAAAAAGGGCACUGGAGAGGCCAAAAGGAGCAGCUACAGUCCCUCACGUGAGCGGAAGCAGUCUGAACACAAAGCUGCUCAUGAGUCCAAGCGUACAUCAGAGGAACACAAACCUCUGGAUAAAAAUUCAGUGAAAGAGAAGGAGAAAGAGAAGGAAAAGGAAAAAGAAAAGGAAAAGGAAAAAGAAAAAGAAAAGGAAAAAGAAAAGGAAAAGGAAAAGGAGAAAGAGAAAGAAAAAGAAAAGGAAAAGGAAAAAGAAAAGGAGAAAGAAAAAGAAAAGGAGAAAGAAAAGGAAAAGGAAAAGGAGAAAGAGAAGGAGAAAGAGAAGCACGUCCCAGAAAUAAAGAGCAAUAAAGAGCCAAGUGUUACCAAACCACCUGUGAAACAAGAAUCACCUGAGGCAAAGAAUGAGAAAGAGAACGUGGCUGGACAGAACGAUAAAGGCGUUGUCAAGCCCAAGCCUCAGGUCAGCAGCUCCUCACGGCUCUCCUCUGAUCUGACCCGAGAGACUGACGAGGCGGCGUUCGUCCCGGACUACAACGAGAGUGACAGUGAGAGUAACGUGUCUGCUAAAGAGGAGGAAGCUGCAGUGAAGAACCCAAAAGAGCCCAAAGAAAAGGCUGUUGAGAAGGUGAAGGAGGAUGCGGCCGCUCCUCCCGCAGCUGAGCAGCCUGAAGCCAGCAGGAGUCAAAGUCAGAGCAGCCCCAGCGUCAGCCGCAGCCGCAGCCACAGCCCGUCCGAGAGUCAGACUCGGAGCCACAGCAGCAGUGCCAGCUCCGGGGAGAGCCAGGACAGCAAGAAGAAGAAGAAGAAGAAAGAGAAGAAGAAGCACAAGAAGCAUAAGAAACACAAGAAGCAUAAGAAACACCUCGGCAACGAAACCGAAUUGGAAAAGAGCCAAAAACACAAACACAAGAAGAAGAAAUCGAAGAAGAGCAAAGAUAAAGAGAAAGAUGACCAAAAAGUGAAAUCUGUCACGACAUAGAAUGACAGAUGAUAAAAAAAUGACUUAAUUCCUAAGUCAUCUGUAUUAAAUUUUGUUAAAAUGUAAACGAAUUCAAGCGUUGUAAAUAAUGACAUGGAAGACCCUGUGCUGCACUUAAACUAUUGCUGCUUGAUUAUUUGAUUUUUACAUCAGAGCUUUAUAAAAAGUGAACAUUUUGUACAGAAUUGUGAGUUGUGACCAUGUAACAUGAAAGGUUUUGCUGGGGCAUCUUCUUUUUCACCACUGGCGGUUGCUUUGGGCGAGUUCCCUGUGCUGUGAAGACUUUCACAUCUGGGUUGGGUUUUAUCGCCGGGCGGAGGGGCCCGGGCCCGGGCCCGGCGGGAUGGUUUGCAGAGAGCAUCGCAGCCCUGUUCUGUCACUUUUUGAUUACAAUAAAAGGUUUUCAGUAAACUA